AUGAUCCGCCAGAUCAAGGGCUCCACGCCGGCGGGCGCCCCCCUGGGCGCCAUCCUCAUCCUCCUGCCCUCGUACAGCAGCAUCAGCCGACUGCGCAAGCUGCUCAUCGGCGAACUGUCCACCACUGCCGAGCACCCGUUCACCGUCUUCUGUCUGUAUCCGCACCUGCCCAACAAUGAGCUGGAGAUUGCGCUCGGCUUCCUCGCCUCCGAGCAGCGCUCUCAGGUGCGCAUCAUCCUCUCGACGUUGACGCUCGAUUCGCUCCUUCUCGCCGACAUUCGCUACGUGCUCAACGCGGGCGUCCUCCUCAAGAAGGUCCAGUCGGUGCACUGUGCCCCUGGUGGGUGCUAUCGUCUGCUGGGAAAUGGCGCCUCACUGGCCACCGGCGGGGGAAAUGGUGGACCACAAAACAGCAGCAGCAGCAGCACCACUACCACCACCACCGAGUGUGCACAGUACAACGCGCUCUUUGAUCACAGCAGCCCCAAAGUCUACUUUUACAAUCUCUUUUGGAAGGGAGAGAUUGGCCAGUCCGGUGGCCUAGAAGAAAAUGGCAGUGGCGGUUCUACUCGAUCGGCAUCAUCGUCGUCGUCGUCGUCGGCCGCGGCCACUAAUGAAGGUGACUGCAUCUACCAGUGCAUCUUUGCGCUGGAGAGCUUGAGCCUUCGAAAUGGCAAUCAGAAGCAGAGCAUUCGCUCACUCUUCCAGAAGAUGGUCAGCCACCCGCCGCUGCCCAUUGUUGACCGUACGGUGCAGUAUCUCAAGGAGCUAAACAUCCUCAACGAGGAGGAGCACUUCACCGACCUAGGUCGCAUUCUAAUUAACCUCUCCAUUGAGCCGCAGUACGCCAAGAUGAUCGUCUACUCGGUGCUGCUUCGCUGUCUUGAUCCCAUUCUCACCAUCGUCUGCGCCCUAUCGUCGCCCCAGUGCUUCGAACUAACCGAAGGCAGCUUUGAGCAGCGCCGCCGCGAGCUGAAGCAGCUGAAGAAGCUCUCGCACGGCAGCUUCAGCGACCACCUGACGCUGGUGUACGCCUUUCAGAAGUGGCAGGAGCAGACACGGGCCAAUCCCGAGACGGUGGAGCGAAGUACCUCGGCGGAGAAUGAGAACAACGGCAGCAGCAGCACCGGUGGCGGCGGCGGCCUGCCCAUACUCUUCUCCUCCUUUGAGCUGAUCUACUCGCUGCGGACGAAGAUUCUCGGCCAGCUGCGCGCCUGUGGCUUCGUGAAGGGCAAGGGGCCGCUGAAUAUUCGCUCGCUGAACGCCAACUCGAACAACUUCUGCCUGGUGAAGGCGGCCAUCACUGCCGGCAGCUCGCUGAGCCAGCUUGCAAAGCUGAAGGAGGAGAGCUCUUCUUUUGGUGACGGUUUGCUCGCGACCCCUAGCGAUGGGGCGGAUUUAUUUGUAGCAGGCGGCAAGUCAGUCACCACCACCAGCACCUUCCUCCACCCAAACUCUGUCCUGGCGUACUACCUCAACAAAAUGAGCAACAGCGGUCGAGCUGCAGCAGCUGCAGCUGCCAACAGCAGCAAGAACAUCAACCGUGGCGCUGAAACUUCAAUCAGCAGCGGCAGCAGCACCUUUUCUCACCUGACGGACAACCUCAUUCUCUACGAUCGGAAGGUGCGCUGCGGCAGCACCGCCUACAUUGAACACUGCACACUGGUCAGCCCGCUGACGGUGGCCAUCUUUGGGAAUGAGGCCAAGCCGGGCACGGUCCAGCUGGUGCCAGCAGGAGGAGGUGGUGGUGGUGGUGGUGGUGCCAGCGAAAGUUUCAUGCUCUUCAGUACUGCUGGCGGAGCUUGCACUGAUCAGCAGUUGGUCAUCACCGGCCCCGACGCCGCCCGCUGCUUUGAGCUGCGCCUCCGCUGGCAGCAGUUUGCGGCGAAGCGACUCGCCAACAUCAACGGCACCAUCAACGAAGAGGAGGGCAACCUGGUCGCCGACAUUCUCAGUCUGGUCGGUCUCGCCGAUGAGAGCAUCGGCUUUGGGCCGCCCAAUCAACACGCCAGCAUUGGCAAAGCGCCUCAGGUAAUGAGCACGUACUUUUGCUCAACGAAGAUGGUCGUGCCGGUCAAUGCUGCCGCCGUUUCUAACGCCUCUUCUGCUUCUUUGGUUUUUAACACUGUCAAGAGUUUUUAG